CUGGAUGGGAGGUGAGUAGCGCCGCUCCCUCCGCGAAACUCUCUGGUGCCGGGCCCGGGAGCAGCAGCGCGAGCCGCUCUGCCCAGGCCCAGCCAUGGAGGUGAAGGCAGAAGUGUCCCGGCUGGAGUACAUUGCUGUCUCGCUGAAGUGUGAGGCAGAGGAACCAGUGCCAAUUGCAGCCUGUGCCCAGCUCUGUGCCCCCAUGGGUGACCUCGCCCCCGGGGUCAAGCUGGAGGAGGCUGACAAGGAGCCUCUAGACGGAGGGGGAGCACCAGCAGAGGCAGGGCCUGGUAGGGCCUGGCAGCAGGAGUACUUAGUGGGAGACUGCCCGGGGCGCGGCGGGACCGUGUGCAUGGUCUGUGGCACCUUCCUGGGUACCUGUGGGCCAAGUGCUGCCCGGGAGCAUGUUCUGCAGCACCACGCCCACUCGCUGGGCCUCAGCCCGGAGGAGAAGCACAACAUUCUGGAGGCCUGGAGCCAGGGGGGCAACCUGCCCGAGGGGGCACCCCCACCCUGCACCCCAGGUCAGUACCAUGGGGCCAAGGAACCAGCCGAGAUCGAGGUUCUAAUUGAUCCAGAGGAGCAGACGGUGACCCGGAAACGGGGGCAGCCCAGAGGGCGCCCUGCCCCUCGCCCAGAUGCUAGGGCCCUGGAGCCCGGGCAGCGCCCACGGGGCCAGAGGAGACGACAGAGCGUGAGGCCUGUGGAGGGCAUGGCGCUACCAGCCAGGGAGCGUAGGAGCAAGCAGCUGAGUGAGGGACAGGACAGGGGCACCGUGAGUCCAGGGACAACAUCCCCCUCAGAGGAGGCUGCCCCAAGCUCAGCACCCCCCGAAAUCCGCCUCUUCACUGACGGUUCUUUCCCAGCCGGAUUCACGCUCAGGCUGUACUGCAGACCCCAGUCAGCUUCUGGAGGGAGAGAAAUCAGGAAGAAUCCAAGCAUCCAGGAACAGAAGAGCCCAGGGGACAGGGGAAAAACCCAGGCACUGGGGAAGAGACAGAAGCAGCUGGGCAAAGCAGGGACCGUGAGACGGAGCGCAGGGAACCCAGUUGGCAACGGCCCCAUCUCUGCGCUGCCCAGCCAGGAUCUGGACCCAGGUGUCCCCCGCCUCCGCCGCAAGGGCUGCUCUCACCAUGGCAUCACCCGGCGCCUCCGGCUGAGCCCUAGCACUGUCCGCUGCACGCUGCAGAGCUGGCAGACGCAGGGCAAGGCCCCAGCAGCCCCCUCCCCACCCCAGGCCAGGCCCUUUGACCCGGCAUGGCGCGCCGACUUCCUGAUGGACUACGACGCUGGUGCCGGCACCAUGGUGUGCAUGGUCUGCGAGUACUCCCUGCUGCCUAUUCGACUAGGCACCGUCAUGCGCCACAUCCGCCAGUGCCAUGCCGAGACCCUGCACUUGCCUCGGGGGGUGCGCCGGGCCAUCCGUGAGGUGUGGGAGACCCGGGGACCCGUCCCCACUCCACCCCAGCACGGGGCGCUGAAGGGGGAAUAGCGACCCAGGGACCUGCCCCUGCUUCACCCCAGCACAGGGCGCUGAAGGGGGAAUAGCGACCCAGGGACCUGCCCCUGCUCCACCCUAGCACUGGGCACUGCAGGGGAAGGAGUGAGACUGAGGGGGGAAUGGGGACCUGGCCUCGCUCCACCCCAGCAUGGGGCGCUGCAAGGGAAGGAGUGAGGCUGAGGGGGGAAUGGGGACCUCUCCCAGUUCCACCCCAGCACGGGGCGCUGCAAGGGAAGGAGUGAGGAUGAUGGGGAAUGGGGACCUCUCCCUGUUCCACCCCAGCACGGGGCGCUGAAGGGGGAAUAGCGACCCAGGGAUCUGCCCCUGCUCCACCCCAGCACGGGGCGCUGAAGGGGGAAUAGCGACCCAGGGAUCUGCCCCUGCUCCACCCCAGCACAGGGCGCUGAAGGGGGAAUAGCGACCCAGGGACCUGCCCCUGUUCCACCCCAGCACGGGGCGCUGCAAGGGAAGGAGUGAGGAUGAUGGGGAAUGGGGACCUCUCCCUGUUCCACCCCAGCACGGGGCGCUGAAGGGGGAAUAGCGACCCAGGGACCUGCCCCUGUUCCACCCCAGCACGGGGCGCUGCAAGGGAAGGAGUGAGGAUGAGGGGGAAUGGGGACCUCUCCCUGUUCCACCCCAGCACGGGGCGCUGCAAGGGAAGGAGUGAGGAUGAUGGGGAAUGGGGACCUCUCCCUGUUCCACCCCAGCACGGGGCGCUGCAAGGGAAGGAGUGAGGAUGAGGGGGAAUGGGGACCUCUCCCUGUUCCACCCCAGCACGGGGCGCUGCAAGGGAAGGAGUGAGGCUGAGGGGGGAAUGGGGACCUCUCCCUGUUCCACCCCAGCACGGGGCGCUGCAAGGGAAGGAGUGAGGAUGAUGGGGAAUGGGGACCUCUCCCUGUUCCACCCCAGCACGGGGCGCUGCAAGGGAAGGAGUGAGGAUGAGGGGGAAUGGGGACCUCUCCCUGUUCCACCCCAGCACGGGGCGCUGCAAGGGAAGGAGUGAGGAUGAUGGGGAAUGGGGACCUCUCCCUGUUCCACCCCAGCACGGGGCGCUGCAGGGGAAGGAGUGAGGAUGAGGGGGAAUGGGGACCUCUCCCUGUUCCACCCCAGCACGGGGCGCUGCAAGGGAAGAAGUGAGGCUGAUGGGGGAAUGGAGACCUCUCCCAGUUCCACCCCAGCACAGGGUGCUGCAAGGGAAGGAGUGAGGCUGAGGGGGGAAUGGAGACCUGGCUCCGCUCCGCUCCACUCCAGCAUGGGGCGCUGCAAGGGAAGGAGUGAGGCUGAUGGGGGAAUGGGGACCUGUCCCUGCUCCACCCCAGCACAGGGAAGGCUGCCUAUAUACUGGUGGAGGUGACCUGCGGAGGGGCAGGAGCAUCUUGGGGGGUGAGGUAGGACACUCUCGAUCAACCCAGCUAUACAGGGAUACUGAGACACACCCCCAGCCCUCCCCACUAUAGGUGUCCCCCAAUCCCCCAUGGCCUUUGAUCUCUGCCUCCUUUGUCCAGCAUUCUCCCUCCUCUGCCUGGGGGGGAUCCACGCCUCCUUGCCCCCUGGCACUGUUCUCCUUGACGUACCUGUCCUUGUGCCCCUGCCAGUGGAGGCAGGGAGUGCUGGGGCAGUGCCAACUGGCCCUCCCCAAGCUGCAUUGUAGCCCAGGCAGGGGUGGGAUGAAUGCCCCCUGCAGUUAUCCAGAGCAGCCAUGUGAGGGCACCCCCACAGAAUGUAAAUAGAGCCAGGAGCAAUAAAUUAUUUUUGAUGAA